AAGUGAAAAAUAUCAAUAUGGUGAAUGUACCAAAUGUUGUGUUAAACAGUGGCCAUAAUAUGCCCAUAUUGGGCCUUGGAACAUGGGGUAGUCCCAAGGGUGAAGUUGCCCAAGCCGUUAAAGAUGCCAUUGAUAUUGGCUAUCGUCACAUUGAUUGUGCCCAUGUCUAUCAAAAUGAACACGAAGUCGGUGAGGGUAUUGAGGCUAAGAUCAAUGAAGGUGUUGUCAAGCGUGAGGACUUAUUCAUUACCAGCAAAUUAUGGAACACCUUCCAUCGUCCCGAUUUGGUGCGUGGCGCCUGUGAGACUACCUUGAAAAACUUGAAAUUAUCUUACAUUGAUAUGUAUUUGAUCCACUGGCCCAUGGGCUAUAAGGAAGGUGAUGAGCUCUUCCCAGUUGAUGCUGAGGGUAAGACUGCCUUCUCCGAUGCUGACUACGUUGAUACCUGGAAAGAAAUGGAAAAAUUGGUACAAGAUGGUUUGGUUAAGUCCAUUGGUGUUUCCAAUUUCAAUAAAAACCAAAUUGAACGUAUUUUGGCUGUGGCCACCAUUCCUCCGGCCACCAAUCAGGUCGAGUGUCAUCCCUAUUUGACCCAAAAGAAAUUGAUGGAAUAUUGCAAAUCGAAAAAUAUUGCCAUUACCGCCUACAGUCCAUUGGGUUCACCCAAUCGUCCAUGGGCCAAGGCCGGUGAUCCUGUGUUGAUGGAGGAUCCUAAGAUCGUCGCCAUUGCUGAAAAAUAUUCCAAAACCCCUGCACAAAUUUUGAUCCGCUAUCAAAUUCAACGUGGCAACAUUGUCAUUCCCAAAUCGGUUACCAAGAGCCGUAUUGCCUCCAACUUUGAUGUCUUUGGUUUUGAAUUGAGUGCCGAGGAUAUGGCCAACAUUGAUAGCUUCGAUUGCAAUGGCCGUUUGGUGCCCUUGUUGAAUGUCUAUGGCCAUCCCCAUCAUCCAUUUGAAAAGGAUGAAUUCUAAAAAAAUAA